UUGAGAAGACCUGCGCUCAGUUCCCAGAGCCCUCUUUGGGUGCUUUACAACUGAUUGUGACUCCAGUUCCAGGGGAUCUGACUGGUAUGCUCUUUGGGCCUCUGUGAAUACCUGUACUCCUGUGUCACACAUAGACAUACACACAUUUAAAACUUAAAAAAAAAUGAAAGUAGACACUUUUGGAUAAUUUGCAUAUGUCAAAACCCAUAAAAGACAUGUCAAAAAAAAAAAAAACCCAUACAUUGCCUUGGACAAAUAAUUUAAUUUCUUUCUGGCUCAGUUUUUUCAGCUGUCAAAGGGAGUAAUAAAAUAUUAAUUAUGGUAGCUCACAUCUGUGAGCUACAUAGUGUGUUCAAAGUCAGCCUGGGCUACAGGGAGACCCUGUUUAAAUACAAACAAGCAUUAAAGUGGGGCUAUGAGGAUUAAGUGACACCAUGCACGGCACAAUAAAAUUUUUACUAAAAUAUAGGCUCUUAUUCCUAGAUAGCUUCAUUGCAUGCCCUACAUUUCCAACCAAACUAGACGGUUGCCUCUGCUCCCAGUCCUGUGACAGUGGCAACACCAAGUUGCUCAUAGUUUAGGAAUCUGCCCUCUGCCCAUUCCUCCUGGUCUCUUUCCUACCUUCACAGUAGGCUCACUUCCUCUGAUCAUCUCUCAUGCCUCUUCUCCCAGGUCUGUCCUGUACCUCCCUCCUCUUCAUCCUGGUUAGGACCAACCAAAAUGUCUGCCCCUAGAGGUUGCCGCUCAGACCUGGAUCCCAGGUACUACAGACUUUGUGACCUGGCUGAAGGCUGGGGCAUCGCCCUGGAAACACUCGCCGCAGUGGGGGCUGUGGCCACAGUGGCCUUCAUGUUUGCACUCCUGGUCCUCAUCAGCAAAGUGCAGGACUCGAACAGGCGAAAGGUGCUCCCCACCCAGUUCCUCUUCCUCCUGGGAGUGCUAGGGAUCUUUGGCCUCACCUUCGCCUUCAUCAUCAAGCUGGAUGGGGACACAGGACCCACACGCUUCUUCCUCUUCGGAGUCCUCUUCGCCGUCUGCUUCUCUUGCCUCCUGGCCCACGCUUUCGACUUGAUCAAGCUGGUCCGAGGGAGGAAGCCCCUGUCGUGGCUUGUGAUCCUAAGCCUGGCAGUGGGCUUCAGCCUAGUCCAGGACGUCAUUGCCGUUGAGUACCUGGUCCUCACCAUGAACAGGACCAACGUCGACGUCUUUUCCGAGCUGCCCGCCCCCCGGCGCAAUGAGGACUUCGUCAUGCUGCUCAUCUACGUGCUCCUCUUGAUGGCACUGACCUUCCUCGCAUCCCUCUUCGUUUUCUGUGGGUCCUUCCCUGGCUGGAAGAGACACGGGGCCCACAUAUGCUUCACCUCAUUCCUCUCCAUUGCCAUCUGGGUGGCCUGGAUCGUCCUGCUCCUGAUUCCCGACAUCGGCCCUGAGUGGGAUGACACGAUUCUCUGCACAGCCUUGGUUGCCAACGGCUGGGCUUUCCUGGCAUUCUACGUCUUCCCCGAGUUUCUGCUGCUCCCGAAGCAACGAAGCCCCACAGAUUACCCCGUUGAAGAUGCUUUCUGUAAACCCCAGCUCAUGAAGCAGAGCUACGGUGUAGAGAACAGGGCCUACUCCCAAGAGGAAAUCACCCAAGGUCUUGAGACAAGGGACACACUCUAUGCUCCUUAUUCGACUCAUUUCCAGCUGCAGAACCGAAGUCCUCCAAAGGAUUUCUCCAUCCCGAGGGCCCAGGCCCCGGCCAGUCCAUACAAUGACUACGAGGGACGGAAAGGGGACAGCUAACUGUUGAGAAGAACGGGACAACCAGAGCCAGGCAGCAGGUCCAGUCAGGAGCUCUGCAGAUGUGAACUGAAUCCCGAGCAUCUUAGGGGAACUGUACAUGAGAGCUUGCUCCCUGCCCAGCACACUGCUGUCCUUCUGUCUGGGGCUGCUGCUCCUAACAGACUGCUUCUUCGCAGUGUUCCAGUGUUUUCCUUUGUCCCAUUCUUAGGAUACUUCUUGGAGGUGGGAGUCUUGGGCAACUCAGGAUGAGACUCUUACCUCUCCCAUGAAUGGGAGCGAACAUCUGCUCAUCUAACUCCUCACUGACUUGUUGGGCUUCGGAAGCCAAUUCAUUUAACUCGGUGGGUUUCAUGAGGAUCACUUGGCACAGAGCAGAACUGCAAUUUGCACAAUCUCAGAAAGGCGUGGGGUCUCCACCCUGUCCUUAUCAGUCUACACUGGAAGCUAACCUGGCCCUGCCCUUCCAGGUCUUCCUGCCCGGGUAGAAGAGGCUAAAGGUUACCAAGUGUCUAUUCUCAGUACACUGCCCCACAAUGGCCUGAGCAGUAUGGACACUGAUUUACAAGGGCGUAUCACCUUCAAACUUGCUGCCAGCCCCAGACCUCUGUGUACUUUGCCAGGAGCUCUUCUGGACAUUACUGGAGUGGGCAAGGGCUGAUUCUCCCUGCCAGGAGAAUUUGGGCUUUGUCAUUGCCAUAAAUUCCUGACACGCACUCCUUAGUCCCUUCCUGCUCCCCAGCUCAGUAACAGAUCUAUCCUGAGUUCACCUCAAACUCUGUAAGUGGGCAGUGUUUAUUCUUGGGGUGGGAUGCAUUUGUUGUGUGAUAAGGUAUUCACCUGGGUAUGCAAUAAAGAUGUGAUAGCAACCACUUUUAAAA